GGCUCGAAUCACAGCCGAUUUCCUCAGCGAUACGUGCAUCGAUCCACUACUACUGUCCAGUGCUCGCUUACGCACUCAACCAACUUCACAUCAAGCUAGCUAAUCGACAAGCAGGGAGAGGCAUGGCGCUCGCGGAGGGGAACGGCGUGGUCGUCUUCAGCGAGGAGCAGGAGGCGCUGGUGCUCAAGUCGUGGGCCCUCAUGAAGAAGGACUCGGCCAACCUCGGCCUCCGCUUCUUCCUCAAGAUCUUCGAGAUCGCGCCGUCGGCGAAGCAGAUGUUCUCGUUCCUGCGCGACUCCGACGUGCCGCUGGAGAAGAACCCCAAGCUCAAGACGCACGCCAUGUCCGUCUUUGUCAUGACCUGCGAGGCGGCGGCGCAGCUUCGGAAGGCCGGGAAGGUCACCGUGAGGGAGACGACGCUCAAGAGGCUGGGCGCCACGCACUUCAAGUACGGCGUCGCGGACGGCCACUUUGAGGUGACGGGGUACGCACUGCUGGAGACGAUAAAGGAGGCGCUUCCGGCUGAUAUGUGGAGCCUGGAGAUGAAGAACGCAUGGAGCGAGGCUUACAACCAGCUGGUGGCGGCCAUCAAGCAGGAGAUGAAGCCUGCUGCAUGAUGCUUCUACUCGAUCAGCCUCCGAGCCCCCCCAUGACGCAACACCUCAAAUUUCCCGUUGCUGCUUCUGCUUGCCGAUUUGACUUUGUGCUGUGCAUUUUCGAAAUUUGACAGAUCAUGUAUAUUAUUGUCCUUUUGUUAUUGUGAUGGACAGUGAAUAAAGAUGUAACCAUUACGCGUUUGACA